UGCAAGCUCGUCCUCGCCGAGUCCCUCUCGGAGGACGGUGCCAACCAAGUUGACACCUUCCUAGAGCAGCACGGUGGGGCCGGGAUCCAGCACGUCGGCCUCUGCACCACCGAUAUCAUCGCCACGACCAGGGCUUUGCAGCGGAGGGGUGCGCGGUUCCUCACACCCCCUGCUGCCUAUUACAGCCAGGGGGGCAAAGCGGAGGAGAUCCGGGGGGCCGGGCAGGACCCCCGCACGCUGGCAGAGCUGGGCAUCCUGCUGGACACCACGACACCCAGGGACAAGGGCCGGCCGGGUGAUGAUGCCACAGAGAGCCCUUCCCAGGAGUAUUUGAUGCAGAUCUUCACCCAUCCCGUCUUCUCCGAGGAGACCUUCUUGGGAGCGCUGGGCUUUGGGGAAGGCAAUAUACGGGCACUGUGGAAAGCCGUGCAGACCUAUAUGGACCAGCAGCCGUAG